AUGGAGCAUGGCGGCCAUCCAGGUUCAUGGCCACCAGAUCCGCGCCAUAGCGGCAGCAUAUCGAACGGUUACAAUCCUACCAUCAGUCCUCCUAACCCAAAUGACCCGCCCUUUCACCCGCCGCUCCCGCCAGGGACGCCCUAUGGCCAGCCUAUUGGCGCCUACACUCCUGGGCCGUACCUGUCGCAAUACGCUUCGGGCCCAGGACAGGCGAGAAGGAAACAGGUUCGCGCUACGCAAGCUUGCAAUCACUGCCGUGCUCGCAAGCAGAAGUGUGACGAAGCUAGACCAUGCCAGUUCUGCCGGGAAAACAACUUUGAUUGCCAGUACAAGGACGUCCCACCUCCAAAGCAAGACAGGAGUAUGAUGCAGCUCCAGGACAGCGUCAACUGCAUAUCAGAUACUCUCAAGACCUUUGUGGAUACGUUCAAUGUGUGGAAGCAAAGCGUCGAGGGCAGACUUCCACACCCCAGGGGUGGGGAACACAUGCGCGCACACUCAGAUCACCCUUCUCCGGAACAAACAUUUGGCGGGAGAGGCUCCAUGAGCGAGCAAAAUGCGUCGAGAUUGCCGACCCCAGUCCAAGGACGAGUGCCAUUGCGUCGCGUCGAUAGCAUGAAAACGGAGUCUCCGAUCGUCCCUCACUCGAAUAUGUCUCCGAUCGCACACGCGUCUACUCCGAUCAAGCAAGAGUCCAUCUUGGCCGCGCCGCAGCCGCCUGCCACCCCCGCUGAUAGCGUCAGGACGGAUCACACGCAAACAGCUGGAGAUUCAUCGAAAGAUAGAGGAACUGGUCUCCAAAGCGACCAUAGAACUCCUGCCCACAUGCUCCUGGAGGAAUGGCCGUCUAUGAAAGACUUUUGCGCUGAUAUCCCACAUAUCAAGAGGCUAUUGGAUCUGGGCAAGAAGGUCUACGACUACCCCAUGGAGCUCGAGCAGGACCGCGGACUCCUGCGGGUGUGGGGUGUCGGGGAAGGCCACGAUUCCAAUGAUGGAGCCCAAGGACCCGCCAGCCCAGAGAGUAACGAUUCCGAUGCGCCUUCACCUGCAUCUGCAAAAGAAGGUAUAUGGGGAUAUCCUCCCGUUGAUCAUUCCAGCCCGAGCACAAUGAGUGGCGAUACACCUAGGUCUCAUUAUGGCCACCAAGGAGGCCUGGGGCCGGACGGAAAGCCUGAUUUUCGCGGGAAGACGUUGCUGGAGCUCCUCGAAUCGUACCAUCAACAUAUUCACACUCUGCAUCCUUUCCUGAAUCCCAGCAAGCUGCGCAAAAUGAUCAAGGAUUUCAGCGAAGUCUAUAGCCCGGACGCCAGGACUGGCAACGCGAUGUCUCCGGGCACGGCCCUGCCCAACCGUCUCAAAGGCAUCAAGAGGAAGCGGUCAAGCAGCGCUUUCGGAGACGGCUACUUCUCCCUCGGUGACUUGUGUAAGGGGAGUAUUGAAAGGUCACUGCGCAACGCAAUUGUGCUCCUCGUCCUUGCUUUGGGCAAGGUCUGUCAGCACAAGGACGCUUUGCCCAGCCCUCAGGGAGACCGAAAUCCUAUGGCGAACGGCGCGUGGGGCUACACCCGAGACUCUCCCCAUUCUUCAAGCCACAGCUUCAGCAGCGAAGAUCCCGAUAAUCGCCCGCGGAACAUUGAUAUCUUGCCCGGUAUGGCGUAUUUCUCCUAUGCCACCGACAUCCUCGGGAAUCAGCAAGGCGGCAACACCGUCGCGCACGCACAAGCAAACCUGCUCGCGGCGUUGUAUCUAGGGCAAUUCGCCCGGGUUCUCGAAAGUUGGAGUUGGAUUAACAACGCCUGCAGGAUCUGUCUCGUCCUGAUUAAAGCCGACUACAACAAGAUCAGCCGCGAGGCGUACUUGAACAAGACUACCAUUGAAUCGGGGAAGGAGGCCUACCGCCUAAACCUGGUGAAAUGCGUUUACUGGACGUGUCUUCAACUGGAGACCGAUAUUCUCGCCGAGAUGAGUACGCUCCCACCAAGCGAGGUGUCGAAACAUCAGGAAACGGUCAUGUAUCCUUCCGGCGUCUUCGAGAACUUCCCCGAAGUAAUGUCCAACAACGACGGCAACGAGCACGACAGGACGAUGUGGAUCUACUCGAGUCAAAUCCAUCUACGUGUAAUCCUGAAUGGCGCCCAUAAUACGUUGUACGGCGCAAACGACCGCAAAAUGCCUCUUGGAUUCGAUACUACUAAUGUUUCCGAGGUGGCUAACGCCGCACGCGUCCAUGCCGAUAUCCUGCAGAGCUGGAGAAACCUACUACCACCGGCACUCGCUUGGAACGACGACGAUCCACCAUCGACCGAUAUCAACAUCGCAAGGCUAAGGGCCAAGUUUUAUGGAGGUCACUACAUGAUUCUACGACCGUUCUUAUUCAUGGCGGUUCAUCAAAUCAAGCUACCGCCUGCGAUGUCUUCCCAUACUAGCUCUCCAGCUUCAUUUGCGGAAACCGCGACCACCCCUACGGAUUCGGACAGGUCUCGCCGGCUUGUAGAUCUGACGUCGGACCAGACUAAUGUGCUCGAUAUCGCGCACAACUGCAUCAAAAGCGCGAUCCAGAGUACUAUCGCGUUCGACCGUGUCGGAGCUGAGCCCAACAGCAGAUAUGACGACUAUGUCAGUCGCCGAAAGGAUAGGCUCAUUUUGACGAACAUCUUCGGCACUCUGCAUGCACAAUUUGGAAACAUGAUCGUGCUUGCUGCCGUCUACAAGUCCCCUCUGCGAAAGUACCUCCCGCUAGAUACGCCGUUCACGAAGAAGAACCUCACCGCUUUGUUCAACCGAACGAUGAACAUUUUGGCGGAAGUCGAACCAAACUCCCCCGUAUUGGGACUGGACCUUGAGAUUCUGAAGAAUGUACGACGACAGCUCCACCUGUAA